GGGGCCGCUGGGUUCAUGACCGGCACCAUGAUGCGGAGCACGGCCGGGGUAGAGACGGAGAUUGACCUGGGGGACGAGGGCGACAGCGAGGACAGCGAGGGUCAGCAGCCGUGGAAGACGCAGCUGGCGACGGUGAUGGAGGAAGAGGAGGAGGAGGAUGUGGUGUCGACGCAGAGCGACACCAGGCCACUGCUCAACGAGAGGGACCCACGGCAGAUUAAUGAAUGCCUGAAGGUGAGUUUUGAGGACGUGAUAGCGGAGCCGGAGUCGGUGCGGAGUGGAGAUCGGGUGUGGAUCUGGAGUCACGCGCUCUUCGAGGUGUCCCGGGUCUGGUUCUACCGCAUCAUCACCACACUGCUGGCCGUGCCCGUCUCCAUCAUCGCUGGAAUUCUCUUUGCUGUCCUCAGCUGCCUUCACAUCUGGCUGUUCUCUCCAUGUGUAAAGGUGAUCCUCAUUAACACUGGCUGGCUGGAGACUCUAUGGAGCAGCGUUUUGGACAUCAUCAUCCUCCCUUUCUUCCAAAGUGUGGCCAAGUGCUGUAGAGGCAUCAGCGUGCAGCUCACACGCCAGUGAGGACGACUCACCAGGACUAUGCUGUUUUUUAAUGAAAACUCCCACACAGAGCAGAAAAGAGUCACUGGAUGUGGUGAUGGACCUCUAACGUUCCCUCUGUGGAGGUGUGAAGGCCAGAGGGGACUAGUGGAGGAGUGAGAAUAUGUUAACUGUAAAAAAAAAAGACAUAAAUGGACAUGCAACAUUAGUGUUGUUUAUAUAAAUAAGCAUGAAUGGAAGUUCCCAGGAGUUCCCAAUCUCGAUGAGACAAAGAC